CCCCACCUCCUUUCAUAUUAAUCAUCCACAUCUGCUCGCUUUCUGAUUGGAGGACACGGAGAAGUAGGCGUGUCCAUUUCAAGAUCCUAAAACGUGAUUGGAUCUCGUCUGUUCUCGCCUCAGAGAUGGACGCGCUGGUGAGCCGCUCCACUGCGUCGGGUUCGGUUCUCCGUUCGUUCCGUUAACCGUUAUCUAACGUUACCUCAGCGUGUUUGAAUACAACAGACGCAGUUCGUCGUUUUCCAUCAUAGGAUCUCAAGCCAGCAGGAUGGCAGGCGCGGCGGGUGGCGGCAGGGGCUGUGUAACGCUCCGCGGCGCUCAGAUCCGGGACCUGCUGGACGCUAAACACAACGUGCUGUUCGACUGCGACGGCGUCAUCUGGAACGGAGAAACAGCCGUUACCGGAGCUCCGGAGGUGGUCAGUCUCCUGAAGCAGCGCGGCAAACGCGUGUUUUUCGUCACCAACAACUGCACCAGGCCGCGGGAGAACUACGUGCAGAAGUUCAGCCGCCUCGGUUUCACAGACGUCGCGGAGGAGGAGAUCUUCAGCUCGGCGUACUGCUCCGCCGCUUACCUGCGCGACGUGGCGCGGGUGCAGGGGAAGGUGUACGUGAUCGGCUGCGGUGGAGUGAUGAAGGAGCUGCGGGACGCCGGUGUGCCGGUGGCGGAGGAGGAGGACGCGGAGCCGGGCGCCAGCAUCUACACCUGCCCGCUGGACCCGGAUGUGAAGGCGGUGCUGGUGGGAUACGACGAGAACUUCACCUUCAUGAAGCUCGCUAAAGCCUGCUGCUACCUGAGGAGCCCCGAGUGUCUGUUCCUGGCCACUGACCCGGACCCCUGGCACCCGCUGAGAGGAGGCAGGGUCACCCCGGGGUCCGGCAGCCUCACGGCCGCUCUGGAGACGGCCAGCAGCAGGAAGGCCACGGUCAUCGGGAAGCCCAGCCGCUUCAUGUUCGACUGCAUCGCCAGUCAGUUCGAUGUGGACCCGGCGCGCUCGCUGAUGAUCGGAGACCGGCUGGAGACAGACGUUCUGUUCGGCAGUAACUGUGGCCUGACCACGGUGCUCACGCUGACCGGGGUCUCCACGCUGGAGGAGGCGCUCGUGUACAGAGACAGCCAGGAGCCGCAGCAGAAGGACUGCGCUCCUGAUUACGUGAUGGAGUCUGUGGCUGAUUUCCUGCAGGCUCUGGAUGAUUGACAGCUACAGCUUCACUCUCAACACGGACCGGUGACAUCAGCACAUCAGUAAUCACCGUCUGACACCAGACGCUCGGCUCCACUGAGAAUAAAUGAUCACACAAUUAGACUUCAAUAUAUUUCUACCCUUCUAUUUUGGAAAGGUAAUUAUAUUUAAGGGGGUUUUAUUUUUUCCACAUAAAUUUUAAAGUGGUUUUUUUUUUCAAAAAUUCAAAAAUUGGAUUCAAAAUUUUUCAGAAUUUAUUAGUUUAUAGUUCCAUAAUUUUCUAUGAAGAAGAUAUAAAAUAUUAAGAAAAUAUUCAGUAAUCACUGUCUGACACCAGACGCUCUGCUCCAGUGUAAUUAAAUCAAUGACAGAAUUUUACGUAAAUAUGUCUUCCCUUUUAUUUUAUUUUUUAAAGGUAAUAUUUAAGGGUUUUAAUUAUUUAUUUUCCCAUUCUUUUUUUUAAUUAUUUUGCUUUAAUAAAUUCAUGAACAUUUUUUAAUCCUCUUAAAUAGUUUUUAAUAAAAUAUCAAAUAAAAUAUUUAGGAAAUAUUCAAUAAUGAAAAAGAGUCCCCAUAGAUAUAAUUACUUAUCCAUAAUAUAACCAAUUCCAAAAAAAAAAAAAAAAUUAAUGCGAAGAAGAUUAGUCUUUUUUAAAUUUUAGAUUAUCUUAUAUUGUUAAAUAAGAUAUAAUAUUAAAUUAUAAAAUAACAAAUAAAUGAAAAAAGUAAAUCGACUUAAAUACUUUUACCUUUUAAUAAUAAAAUAACACAAAAUAAAAUAUUAAGCGAUUAUAAAACAAUAGAAGAACAUAUGAAAAAAUAAUGAAAUAAAUGUAAAUCCCCUUAAAUAUAAUUACCUUUUAAAAAUAAAAUAAUACAAAAUUAAAUAAAACAUCCCCUAAAAUACCUUUUAGCAAUACAAACAAGUAUAAAAUAUUUUAUUUUGAGUAAUUUUAUUUUUGAAAGGUGAUUAUAUUUUAAUUAAUUCAUAAAUCUUAUUUUAUUCAAAGCUAAUAAAAAAUACAGUCCCCUUAAAAAAAAAACCCAUCAUCUGUCAAAUGAAUCUCACAGUUCAUGCAGCUCCUCAGAUAAGAUUCAUUUAUGCAUCACAUGCUUUCAACAGACAAAGAGCCGUUUAUUAAAGAAGAUGAACUUGAAUAUGAAUGUGACUUCUUUCAAAGGGGGUAAAUCGGGUCGGAUGCUGUCAGUCUCCAGAAAGACACGCAGUCUUUGGAAAGCAUUCGUCCAUGAGACGAGCUCUGUAUGAAGCGACUGCAGGAGGCUUUCUUAAUGACACUCAUCCUGAUCCUCUUUCACUGAGUGGAAGGAUUGUGAGAAUAUUCUGCUCAAACUCCUUUGUGUCCCAAAGAAGAAAUAAAUUCAUCCGAGUUUGGAGUCUGAGUAAAUGAUGACAGAAAUCUGCUUGUAUAUCCCCUUUUACUUGAUUUUCAAUUAAAUUAAAAAAAUUUUUUCUUGAAAGGUGUUUUUCAUUUCGUUCAUUUUUAUUUUAUAUUUUAUUUUAUUAUGUGUUUUUUUAUUAUUAAAAGGUAAUGAAAUUUUAGGGUAUUGUUUGUUUUAUUUUAUUGAAAUCGAAUAAAUUUUUGUUUUAUAUUUAUGUAUCUAUAUAUAUUUAGGGUAAUAAUAUUUAAGGGGGUUUUAUUUUUAUUUUUUUCCCAAUUUUCUUUUUUUUAUGUAUGAAUUUAUGGUAUGUAUGUUUGUAUUUAUUAUUAUUAUUUUUUGUUAUUAAAAGGUUAUUCCAUUUUAGAUUAUAUUUCUCGUGUGUUUUUUUUUUUUAUUGUCGAAAUUUAAUAAAUACGUUUAGUAUCAAUUGACUAUUACCCUUAAAUUUGAUUUGACUUUUGAAAGGUAAUAAUGCUAAGUGGAUUUUAUUGUACAUCAAUAAUUUGAUUUAAUGUUUCAUUAAUAUUUUACAACAAAUAAAAAAACUAAGGAAGUGUAAAAUAAAAGUCCCUGAAAAUGUUUUUUUUUUUUUUUUUUAAAUGAAAUUAACUAGUUAAAUAGAGUUUGAUCUGUAGCAGUAUGUGGUCCUUUAAAGUGCUGCUGACGCUGAGACUGUGGAGAAAUCAGACGAUCAGUGUUUGAUUAAGCAGCUUCUGUGUUAAUGAUUGACUGCUUUAUUUUCAGCGUGCAGCUUCAUUCUUCCUCAAAAGCUGGUCAGAAGACAAUCGAGUUCCUUUCCUUGAUCCUAGCAUGAGUUUCUGAUGGUGAAGUUAACAGCAUUGGUGAUUAGUUAAGUCUAUUAAAAGCACUGUGCCAGUUGAAAUCUCUACUUAGUAAUGGGGCUGUUCUUUUUAUUUGCCAACCACUGUUUGUGUAUUUAUUUUGAAUCAUUUGAGAUUUGACACUUGUUUGCUGUUUGUUUCACCUUUAUUAACAAAAGUGACCUUUUGGACCGGAGUAGUUGAUAUUUGAGAGCCGUGUGUUAUUCAUGUGGUUCGUCUUCAUACAUGAAGCUCAAAACCUUGAAAUAUGAAACCUCUGCAAAUCAAAUGUGCCAAAAUGAUCCCGCGUGAAACCACUGAAUGUGAACCUGCAUGUAUGAAAUCAUAUUGUGUUUUUGAUUCUGGUCAGUCAACCGUUCAUUAAAAACUGGAGCGUUUUAUUCUGAAAACGA